UUUUUGACGUUAACUUUGUUGACAUUUAUUAUUAAUCUCGUAGUUGUUCGCUCAGUCAAAAGUACUUAUUGUUCUCACAGUUCAACAAAACCAUUUUCAAAAUCCGUGCAAUGAAUAUUCGCGAGCGGCUCCAAACAGCUUACGAAAAUGUCAUGUUUAACGCCGACGCCACCUGGAGCGAUGAAUUUAGCCUCUAUAAACAAGCAAAUAUGAAUUUACUUAUGCGAGAAAAAGCCCUACAAGAAAAAAAAUAUGAAGAACUCCGACCAAGAACAGUUAGAGACUGUAUCCCAGAGAGUAGACUGGCGAAAUACGGAAAUUACGAAUACAACGAAUCUAGGGAAUUAUCGUACACCCCCGAUGACAUUAGACCGAGUACAAGUACCGAAUAUGAUUUUACCGGGGAGAAAGAGAAAGAGCCGUGGAUGUUUGAUGAAGUCGACAGGCUUUUCAAGUCUUACACCGAUGCACCGGAGCCUUCAUUAAACGCCACAGAAGAAUUAAACAGAAUCAAAUUCUCCAACAAUUUCGAAUCACCGUUUAUGAAGUGCAAUUCUUUAGCGGAAUAUUUGCUUAAACUCCGUAUAACCAAAGAUAGUGUUCGAAGAUUGUGGGAGGAUAAAUCCCCGGAGCCGAAAUCGUCCGAAGUACAUCAACCGACCGAAGACGAGAAAUCGGUUAAACCGCCAGCUGAUUACGACGUUGGGUAUUUAGAAAGUGACAAUGCGGAUCGUCCGAGCGCUCCGUCCAGUUCGGAGGUUAAGAGUUCGAACGCAAAUCAACCAGAACCGUCACAGAAUCGUCGAUCGUAUUCGGCAGUGUUGCAGGGUUGCGUUUCCGAAAAUAAAAUAGCCCCGCCGAUACAAAACCCGAUGACUGUAUUGGGUAAAAAGAGCGUCGCCAAUUUCCCUAGACUUUUUCCGAACGUAUCGAAUUCUCGAAGUGUGCAGUUGGACAACACCGCCGGUUAUCAAAACGCGAAUGCGGCACCUCAAAGCAGAUUAUUCCCUUUAAGGCAACAAUCGGUGAGAUACCAACAAAAUUAUACUCCCAGCAAUUACCAAUAUCCGACUUUUCACGCGCUUACUUACAAUUCGUCCCAAAAUUAUUUACAGCCUUUUUAUAACCCAGUUUUCUUUCAAAGGGCCGUUCCUAUUAACCAAACGUACGUUCGCCCUUGCACGUUUAAAUCAUACAAUAGUUUUUCUUCAAAUAUACAUAGAUCCGAGAAUAAACCUUGUAGAAACAAGUCGAGGAAAAGAAGAGAUCUCGUUCAGAAGAGUAGAACUUUGUCGACAGAUAACCUCCAAACGGAUAAAAAAGAAGAAGAAACCGCGCCUAAUUUGAGCGAUGUUGAUUCUGAAGAAGCGAGGAUCUACAAAGAAUUGGACGAAUUGGCUAUGAGAAUGAUAAAUUCGGUUUUGGACGACCCGAUUACGGAUCCUAUCGUUCCUAUAACCGAAAGCCAUUCAGAGGAAUUGGAAAGACAGGCUUUGGAACAAUAUAAUAACUCUAACGAUAACGUUUUUCAAGAUUUAGAAAGACAAGCUGCGGAAGAAUAUGAUGAGAAUUAAAAAAAAAGUGUUAUGAUUUUAAGUUACGAAGUUUUUUCUGUGUGUUUUGCAUUAUGUUCAAAUAAAAUGGCCGAAGGAAGCCAAAAUUUGUUGUAUUAAAAAUUGCGAAUAAUAUAAAUGAAAUAUUGUAAUUAAAACGAAUAAAUAAAAAAAAGUUUAAAAGUU